UCGCCUCUCGUAUUCGCUGUCGUCAACACACACGCGCACGCAACGACUACGACAACUACAACUACAACGACAACGACAGCAGCGACAGCUGAACAGGUUUAAAUCUAUUUGUCGAGUCGACUCGAGUCUUGAUCGUUCCCAGGUAAAAGAACGCGCCGUGUGUUUCAGUUAAGCGUUGGCACUGAACCGGGUAACAAUCUUUCACUCCUCCGCUCCGACUUCGUAUAUGAUAUUGUACAAUCACAAUACACACAAAAAAACACAUAUCGUAUCGCGUAAACUGUCUCUACUAUGUAGAGCAAAUGGAAAGUGUUUAAGUUCUUUCUCAACAAAAUUUUCAUUCAUAAAACUGUUUCAAGUUUUUUUUCCUACAAGUGAAACAGAGCAAUAAAAUAAAAACAAAAAUUUUCGAAAUAUUUAAAAAUCAAUGAAAGUAAACAAAUAACCGUGUGAUCGCAAUAUAAGUAAAUAACAAAAUUGAAGCCAAUAAAAUGCAAAACAAAUUGAAAUCGAUAAAAGUGCGCAUGCUAAUGAUGAUUAUGCCCAAUUUAUAGUGCGCUAAUUGAACGUGAAAUUGCCAUAAAAAAUAUUUAGCUAGGGAUACCAAACUAAAUAAACCAAACAAUUGACAAGCGAAUCAAGCUAAAUAAAUACCAUUGUGACUGACGCUAACUGCUCAGUUUCAGCCACAUAACAACAGCAUCAAUAAAAAUAUAAAAAGCAACAUAGUGAAAACAUCUUAGCCAUGGAUUUAAGUUACAUAUUCAUCUUCUGCCUGCUGGCGCUAUGCAGCGCCGACGCCGAAAGCAAACAGAAAUCGGGCAGAGGCCGAGGCUCAAUGUGGUGGGGUAUUGCCAAGGUCGGCGAACCGAACAAUUUUUCACCCAUUAGCACCGGCAUCAUGUACAUCGAUCCCGCCAUUCAUUCAACGCUGCGUCGCAAACAACGGCGCCUGGUGCGCGACAAUCCCGGAGUGCUGGGCGCUCUGGUCAAGGGCGCCAAUUUGGCGAUUAGCGAGUGCCAGCAUCAAUUCCGCAAUCGUCGCUGGAACUGCUCGACGCGCAAUUUUCUGCGUGGCAAGAAUCUAUUUGGCAAAAUCGUUGAUCGAGGCUGCCGCGAGACGGGCUUCAUCUAUGCCAUCACAAGCGCUGCUGUGACCCAUUCGAUAGCACGAGCCUGCAGCGAGGGCAGCAUCGAGUCCUGCACCUGUGAUUACAGCCACCAGACUCGCUCGCCACAGGCCAAUCAUCAGGCGGGCAGCGUUGCCGGCGUACGCGAUUGGGAGUGGGGCGGCUGCUCCGAUAACAUUGGCUUCGGCUUCAAGUUCUCGCGCGAGUUCGUGGACACUGGCGAGCGUGGUCGCAAUCUGCGCGAAAAGAUGAAUCUGCACAACAAUGAGGCGGGCCGAGCGCACGUUCAAGCGGAGAUGCGUCAAGAGUGCAAAUGCCACGGCAUGUCCGGUUCGUGUACAGUGAAAACUUGUUGGAUGCGUCUUGCCAAUUUCCGUGUCAUAGGCGACAAUCUCAAGGCGCGCUUCGAUGGCGCCACACGCGUCCAGGUCAGCAACAGUCUACGCCAGAGCAGCAACGCGGUGCCCGUAGUCAGUCCGAACGCGGCGGGCUCCAACAGCAUUGUGGGUGGCGUGGCCAACAGUGGCAACGGACUGCCUUCGGCCGUGAAUGGUUACGACGAUGAGGAACGCAUGCUGAACGAUCAUAUGCCCGAGCUGCUGCUGGACAACAGCAAACAGCAUCAUCCCAAUAUGCCAUCGCCCAACAGUUUGCCCGUUGCGGGCGCUCGAUCACGCGGUCAUGGUCGCGGUCGCCAGGGACGCAAGCACAAUAGAUAUCACUUCCAAUUGAAUCCACACAAUCCGGAGCACAAGCCGCCGGGUCCCAAGGACAUUGUGUACCUGGAGCCUUCGCCCAGUUUCUGUGAGAAGAAUCUGCGACAGGGCAUUUUGGGCACACAUGGCAGACAGUGCAAUGACACCUCGCUGGGCGUCGAUGGUUGCGAUCUGAUGUGCUGUGGGCGUGGCUAUCGCACACAGGAAGUUGUUGUUGUCGAGCGCUGUGCUUGCACCUUCCACUGGUGUUGUGAGGUGAAGUGCAAGCUGUGUCGAACCAAGAAGAUCAUACACACGUGUCUGUAAGAGCAACUACUAAGCUCCCCCGUCUCCCCAUACUCCCCUCCCUCGUCCCCACAAACCUGUGUAUGUGUUAUGUAUUGUCUACGCUUAGCCUUUGUUAUUAGAAGUUAAGAGC